CUCAAGCCCUGGAAGUCACCAGGUCUCCCUCACUCCUGUGACCGCUUGAAGUAUGGACUGGUGCCCCUUCUGUGUACAAGCAUCUGCCUUCCUGUCCUUCACUCUGGCUGUGACACCAAGCUGGGAAGAAGCAGGACCAUCCUUUUGUUUCUCAGCAGACAGUUGGGAGCCUGCAGUGGCACAGGACCAGGGGCUGAGGCCUCCCAUGGUGACUUUCCUCACUAGGCUGACAGUUGCAGAGGGAUGCUGCAGCCUGGCAUGUUCUUGGAGGUUCCUGGUUGCCAUGCCUACCAUUGAUGUGACGACCACAGGUUGUGAAGUGGACUCCUUAAGACCCAGGCACAUGGAGUUCAGAAUCCAGCCUGUCUCCAGAUGCAGGCCAUCAUCCUCCCAGUGGGGACCAGCUAAGUGUGAAAAUGGAGUCCUAUGGUGGAGCCCGCUGAGGCCGGGCCCCACUGGACCCCACACCUGGCCUCACCAUAGCCCCUGUGUGCUAGUCUCCAGCCACAGCUGUCCUGUCUGCUGCAGAAGAACAAGCAGGUGCUCAGUGUGGGCACUCAGGAGGGAGGGGAUGGUCUGGAGCUGGGCACAAGACUUGGUCUCCUCUACCCACAACUUGACUGUGGUGUUGGCCAGGGUACCCAGGCCAGGGGCAGCUUUCACUCCCCACGAGGACCCAGGGCCUGGAGAGGCAUGGACUUACAAGAGCUCAGCUGCCGCAGAUGCUGUGGCUGACAGAGCUCACCUUAGAGGCCUCGGUUUCACAGGGGUGUGGAGGGCACAUGCAUCAUCAGGCCUCCCUUGGCUUUGGCGUGGAGAACUCAAAUGUUUUCCUGGGCUGGUGACCUGUGGCUUGAUCCUCUUUAGGUCCUGGGCAGCUGCAGCUCCCGCUCAGCCCUGUGGUCUGGAGGGAGGGAGAGAGUGGCCAUUGUGCUGUGCUGCAUUGCUCCAUGACACAUGCUGUGCAGCCCUUUGUUGUAAGACAGCUCUGAUGAGGGAAGUGUCCUAGUGUCCCACACACUUAUGGCCAGCAGGCUGAGCUGUGGGGCUGUGGAUGCCAGGCAGAUGGGCUGUACUUCACUUCACUUAAGUGAUCAAGACCCUGACACACACAAAGUCUUUCUUUUCUAAGUCAGUACUUUGUAAAUGUCAUUAAAAUGUCUAUCAUCUAUCUACCUAUCUACCUAUCUAUCUCUCUAUAUAUUUUAGAAAAUCCUUGUUUUAAUCACAGAGUAUUAGAUUUUAGUUUUCCAUUAAUAUUUUAGUGUGAUUUUAAAGUGUCAUUUAAAUUAUGGUUAUCUUACCUUACCAACAAAAUUUUAAAAUUUUUCUUUCGCCGUCUGCAACCUGCCCAGACACAAUACAACUAUUUAGAUCCUUAAUUUUUAUUCUAUCUUUUCUUUUUUAUUAUUCAUAGAAAAAUCUGGUGGUAUAGGACAAAAAUUAUACUUGUCCUUGGAGGGAAACUGGAGAUGGUGGCAGGGGCUCACAGUGAGGAAGGAGUGUCUUAGCAGCAUUCAGCCCUUUGAUAUUUAAUACAUUCACAAUGGGGCCAUCAUUCAUGUCUCCACUGCUGGGCAGCUCAACCCCUGGUGCAGUACAUGUGUGACUGUCCCAUCAUGCAGCUUGUACCUCUGCUUGUACUAACAGAUUGUACAACCUUUAUUGGUGUUUUUACUAAUAAAAUUAAUUAAAAAGCCA